AUGAGUCUUCCGCGCCGGAGUAGGAAACGGCGGCGUUCUUCGUCGGACUCCGACUCGUUCUCAGGAGACGGUGAUAGCUCCGUCAGUCCUCAGCUCCGGUGUAGGCCGGUGCUGAGUCCACCUCCGGGGCUGGGACGCGGCCGGAGGCUCGCAGGGACAGGAACAUGCAAGCAAAGAGUUUCUGACAACCAGAUAGACCAGCUGCUAUUGGCAAAUUGGGGACUCCCUAAAGCAGUUCUGGAGAAAUACCAUAGUUUUGGUGUAAAACAGAUGUUCGAAUGGCAGGCAGAAUGUCUUUUGCUUGGACAAGUCCUGGAAGGAAAGAAUCUAGUUUAUUCAGCUCCUACAAGUGCUGGGAAGACUCUUGUUGCAGAAUUACUUAUUUUGAAGCGGGUUUUGGAAACACGAAAGAAAGCAUUAUUUAUUCUGCCCUUUGUGUCUGUGGCUAAAGAGAAGAAAUACUACCUGCAGAGUCUGUUUCAGGAAGCAGGAGUAAAGGUGGAUGGCUAUAUGGGCAGCACCUCACCGACUGGACAGUUCUCAUCCUUGGACAUUGCUGUCUGCACUAUUGAGAGAGCCAAUGGGCUGAUCAAUCGCCUCAUUGAGGAAAAUAAGAUGGAGCUGUUAGGAAUAGUGGUUGUGGAUGAGCUGCACAUGCUGGGGGACUCUCACCGAGGGUAUCUGCUGGAACUUUUGCUGACCAAGAUUUGCUAUGUCACUCGGAAAUCAGCAUCGUGCCAGGCAGAUUCAGCCAGUACUCUGUCUAAUGCUGUGCAGAUUGUUGGCAUGAGUGCUACUCUUCCUAAUUUGCAACUCAUGGCUUCCUGGUUGAAUGCUGAACUUUACCAUACUGACUUUCGCCCUGUACCACUUUUGGAAUCAAUAAAAAUAGGAAAUUCUAUAUAUGAUUCUUCAAUGAAGCUUGUGAGAGAAUUUCAACCUCUGCUCCAAGUGAAGGGAGAUGAAGACCACAUUGUUAGUUUAUGCUAUGAGACCAUUCGGGAUAACCAUUCAGUAUUACUCUUUUGUCCAUCAAAAAAAUGGUGUGAGAAGGUAGCAGAUAUCAUUGCUCGAGAGUUUUACAAUCUGCACCAUCAACCUGAGGGGUUAGAACAAUCAUCUGAAUUUUUACCAGUGAUUCUAGAUCAAAAGAGCCUUCUGGAAGUGAUGGAUCAGUUAAAACGGUCACCUUCAGGACUGGACUCUGUGCUGAAGAAAACUGUGCCAUGGGGAGUAGCGUUUCAUCAUGCAGGUCUUACUUUUGAGGAGAGGGAUAUCAUUGAAGGAGCCUUCCGUCAAGGUUUUAUUCGGGUCUUGGCAGCAACGUCUACUCUUUCUUCUGGAGUGAAUCUUCCUGCUCGUCGGGUGAUUAUUCGCACUCCAGUUUUCAGUGGUCAGCCUUUAGAUAUCCUCACUUAUAAGCAGAUGGUUGGUCGUGCUGGCAGGAAAGGAGUAGACACAAUGGGUGAAAGUAUCCUAGUUUGUAAGAACUCUGAGAAAUCCAAGGGCAUUGCUCUGCUUCAAGGAUCUCUGGAGCCUGUGCACAGCUGUCUGCAGAGACAAGGAGAAGUCACUGCUAGCAUGAUACGAGCUAUUCUGGAGAUAAUCGUCAGUGGGGUGGCAAGUACGUCACAAGAUAUGCAGACUUAUGCUGCCUGCACAUUCUUGGCUGCUGAUGUAAAGGAAGGGAAGCAAGGGAUUCAGAGAAAUCCAGAUGAUGUUCAGCUUGGAGCAAUUGAUGCCUGUGUGACAUGGCUGUUAGAAAAUGAGUUCAUCCAGGUGGCAGAGCCCAGUGAUGGCACAGGAGGAAAGGUGUAUCACCCAACACAUCUUGGAUCAGCUACUCUUUCUUCUUCACUUUCUCCAACUGAUACCCUCGAUAUUUUUGCUGACCUCCAAAGAGCAAUGAAAGGCUUUGUUUUAGAGAAUGACCUUCAUAUUGUCUACCUGGUUACACCUGUGUUUGAAGAUUGGACCAAUAUUGAUUGGUAUCGGUUUUUCUGUUUAUGGGAAAAAUUACCAACUUCUAUGAAAAGGGUGGCAGAGCUAGUUGGAGUAGAAGAAGGGUUCUUGGCUCGAUGUGUGAAAGGAAAAGUAGUAGCCAGAACUGAGAGACAGCAUCGACAGAUGGCCAUUCAUAAAAGGUUUUUCACAAGUCUUGUGUUAUUGGAUUUAAUCAGUGAAAUUUCCUUAAAGGAAAUUAAUCAGAAGUAUGGAUGUAAUCGUGGGCAGAUUCAGUCUUUGCAACAGUCAGCUGCUGUCUAUGCAGGAAUGAUUACAGUGUUUUCUAAUCGUCUGGGCUGGCACAACAUGGAACUGCUACUUUCCCAGUUUCAGAAGCGUCUUACGUUUGGCAUCCAGAGAGAGCUGUGUGACCUGAUCCGGGUGUCCUUACUCAACGCCCAGAGAGCCAGGUUCUUGUAUGCCUCUGGCUUUCUCACCGUGGCAGAUCUUGCCAGAGCUGAUAUUGCGGAGGUGGAGGUAGUUCUGAAGAAUGCUCUGCCCUUCAAAAGUGCCCGGAAGGCAGUGGAUGAAGAAGAGGAAGCAGCUGAAGAACGUCGGAGUAUGCGAACUAUUUGGGUGACUGGCAAGGGUUUAUCUGCAAGGGAAGCAGCAACUUUAAUAGUGGAAGAAGCCAAAAUGAUUCUGCAGCAGGACUUAAUUGACAUGGGAGUACAGUGGGAUCCACAUUCACCCUUGAGUUCUAGCAUACGCUCACUGACCAGCGAGUCAGAAGUAAAAGAACACACAUUCAAAUCUCCACCUAAGAGUUCUCAUAAAAGGUUAACAUCAAAGAGCAGAAAUGGCAUGAAAGCAAUCGAUUCUAAUGAUAAGCAGUCACCAGAUGCAGAGCAAGGCAUAGAUGAAUGCAGAGAGCACGCAGACUCUCUCUGUAAGUUCCAGGGGAAUCACAAGCUCCAGACACCCUCCAUUUGUAGAGCAAGAAAAAAAACUUUAGGUAUAAACAAAGAAAUGCUUCGAAAGUCUCUGAAAGAAGGGAAAUCAAGCACUAAGGAAGUUCUUCAAACUUUCUCAUUGGAGAAAACAAGAAAAACUGCUUUGAGUUUUGGUUCAGAGCAGAUGAACAACAGUUUACCAUCUGGGAGAGACAGACAGUAUCGGAAAAAAUCUUGCUGCAGUAGUUCCAUGCAUGACUCUGGGAUGAAUAGAGAUGAUUUACAAGGACAGACUACGUGUAAAUCUACUCUAUGUGAGGACCCACAGAAGUCCAUAGAGAAACAGAAUGCAGAAUGUAGAAAUUCAGGACUAUUUGCAAAAAACAUAUCUUUUUGUGCCAAAGAAAAAUGCAACAAAACCUCAUUCCCUUUACAAAUGCAGCAACUUUGCUUAAGGAAAAAACCAGAAAGUGAUGCUGCUGAGGACCAUUCCGUUGCAGGAUCUCAGAAUAAAAAUGUGACUGGCCAGUCCUCUGGUGCUGCUAGAGACAGAAGAGGAUCGGCUGCUCCUGAGAUAGGACAGGUAAAUGAGGUGCUCACAGAGAAUGGUGCAGAAAGCCAGCUCCAAGACACACAUCCCAUCAGCCAGUGCCUGGAAAACCACAGUGAGAAACACACAAGCACUCGCACCAGACAGAAGACACUAAUAGAGGGACAAGCUGGUAGUAGUUACAUGGGCAGAGACUCAAAUGACGUUGCACCCAUCAAAUGUGAACUUAUAAAGCUUAAUAGCAAAGAACAUGAUUCAAAUCUUUGUCGUCAGGCAUUGGGAAGUAACACAGGCAGAACUGAGGCACUUCAGUUAACUGGAGAACUUGGUCAAGCAGGAGGCCAGUGUGAAAAUCUUCUAAAUUCUUCUGGAGUACAAGGAAAAACAGGUGCUUAUGCAACAAAUAAAACUGAACAUAGUCAUGUUUCUAACUUAGCCUUCUGUGACUUUGGAGAUAGCUUACACUUGGAUACUCAGUCAGAGGAAGUAAUUGAACAGAUGGCAACUGAAAAUGCCACGCAAGGAGCAAAAGCAGUAGGGAUAAUGGAGGAGGGCUCCACCAUGCAGAACAAGCGUCACAGCGCUCCAGGUGACCAGCAUGUCCCAGGAGCAGCCAACACUGACCAUGUAGAAAGUAAGAAUAUAGAGUCUGUGAAAGCAAACACUGAAAAGAGCAUCGAUAGAGGAACUCCAGACGGCCUCAUUUUCCAUUCUCCAGUACCUCAGAGGGAGAACGGCACUUGCUUUAAAGAGAAUGAGCAUUCUGUUACUGAUUCCCAACUAAAGAGUUUUCUUCAAGGGUUUGAAACACAAGAAAUGGUGAAGCCAAUCAUCCCACUGGCCCCUCAGAUGAGAACUCCUACUGGUGUGGAGGAAGAAAGUCUGCCUGAAACCAGUUUGAAUAUGAGUGAUAGUAUACUAUUUGACAGUUUUGGAGAAGAUGGCUUAGGACAAGGACAGUCACCUGAUACAAAGGCAAAACAGCCACUCCUGUCUGAAAUGAUACCAAACCAUUUCAGCAAUCCACACCCACAAGAAGACCCAGUUGUGACACCAAAUAUGAGUGAGUUUCAGGGUACUCAGCAGCAAGUGGAUUGUCUCAGUGGUGAAUCUAUUAUAUUUUCAGAGAUAGACUCUGCACAGGUGAUUGAAGUCUUAGACAAUAUGGCUCCAUUUCAUGUGGAAGAGAACUGUAACCCAGUAACCCUUAAAACAUUAGAACCCAGUGAUUCGGCAGUGCUGGGUAAUGAAUGUCCCCAAGGAGAAGUGGUCAGAGGAGAUCAAAAUGAAGGGUCCCCAAAGCCCAAAUUCAUGGAGACAAAUCAAGAUAAUUCAUUCACUUGGUCAGGAGCAUCAUUUAACUUAAGUCCAGAACUGCAAAGGAUUUUAGAUAAAGUGUCUAGUCCUCUAGAAAAUGAAAAGCCCAAAUUGACACAUAUAAACUUGUCUUGUUUUGAAGGAAACAGCACAGAGUCACAUGAGAGACAGGAAAUAAGUUCAGAUUUGGGGACAGUUCAGAGAACUUCACUCCUCUCCACUAAUGAAGUUAAAAGCAGAACUGAAGGGCUAGAGAGCAAAGCCAGGCAUGCUGCAACCUCAUCUCCCUUGCCUCGUAAAGAAAGUGCUGCAGCUGAUGACAAUGGCCUCAUUCCUCCUACACCUGUUCCUGCUUCUGCUUCUAAGCUAGCAUUUCCAGAGAUUCUCGGAACACCUGUAAAGCGUCAGAAAGCCAGCAGUGUUUUACAGCCGGGGGAAGGUUGUUUAUUUGGCUCACCUUUAGAUAAUCAAAACCAGGAUUUAAGUCAAGAGUUUAGAGACAGCUUCGAGGACUAUGAUCAUUCUGUUGUAGACACAAGUUUUUUUCUGCAGUCUCAGGAUGGACUGCCAUUAUCUCAAGCCUCAUGCAGCUCAGAAAGUCUGGCCAUAAUUGACGUAGCGAGUGACCAGAUUCUCUUUCAGACAUUUGUUAAGGAGUGGCAAUGCCAAAAGCGCUUUUCCAUCUCUCUGGCUUGUGAAAAGAUGACAAGUUUGACAUCUUCCAAAACUGCUACCAUAGGUGGAAGGCUGAAGCAAGUUAGCUCGCCACAGGAAGCCACUGUUGAAGAGGAUGGGUUUCCUGUGCGUGGCUCUGACGGUGCUGUGGUAGUUGGACUAGCAGUGUGCUGGGGUGGAAAGGAUGCCUAUUAUUUGUCAUUGCAGAAGGAACAAAAGCAGUCUGAAAUGAGUCCUAGUUUGGCCCCACCACCUCUGGAUGCAACACUAACUGUGAAGGACAGGAUAGAGUACCUUCAGUCCUGCUUGCACAAGAAGUCUGACCGAGAGCGGUCAGUUGUCACCUAUGAUUUCAUCCAGACCUACAAAGUCCUUCUCCUGUCCUGUGGCAUCUCCCUGGAACCCAGUUAUGAAGACCCCAAGGUGGCAUGCUGGCUUCUUGACCCGGAUUCUAAGGAGCCAACUCUUCAUAGCAUAGUGACCAGUUUUCUCCCUGAUGAGCUGGCACUCCUAGAAGGAAUAGAGACAGGCCCAGGAAUUCAGAGCCUGGGGCUAAAUGUGAACACGGAACAUUCUGGACGGUACAGAGCAUCUGUGGAGUCUGUUCUCAUCUUCAGCUCCAUGAAUCAGCUCAACUCUUUGUUGCAGAAGGAAAACCUUCAUGAUAUUUUCUGCAAAGUGGAGAUGCCCUCUCAGUACUGCCUGGCCUUGCUAGAACUAAAUGGAAUUGGCUUUAGUACUGCCGAGUGUGAAAGUCAGAAGCACAUUAUGCAAGCCAAGCUGGACGCCAUUGAGACUCAAGCCUAUCAACUAGCUGGCCACAGCUUUUCCUUUACAAGUGCAGAUGACAUCGCACAGGUUUUAUUUUUGGAACUAAAGUUACCACCAAAUGGAGAGAUGAAAACGCAGGGCAGCAAAAAGACUCUGGGUUCCACCAGAAGAGGGAAUGAGAGUGACCACAGAAUGAGGCUGGGAAGACGGUUCAGCACUAGUAAGGAUAUUUUAAAUAAAUUAAAGGAUUUGCAUCCUUUACCAGGCCUGAUAUUGGAAUGGAGAAGAAUCAGUAAUGCUAUUACCAAAGUGGUCUUCCCUCUGCAGCGGGAAAAGCACCUGAACCCCUUUCUCAGAAUGGAAAGGAUCUACCCUGUAUCACAGUCACACACAGCUACAGGACGAAUAACCUUUACAGAACCCAAUAUCCAGAAUGUGCCAAGAGAUUUUGAAAUUAAAAUGCCAACACUAGUAAGGGAGAGCCCACCUUCUCAGGCUCCAGGCAAAGGCCGGCGUCCGAUGGCCAUAGAUCAAAAUAAGAAGGUUUAUGGCCUGCAUCCUGGGCACGGAACACUGAUGGAGAAGGCCUCAGAUAAAGGGGUGCCAUUUUCAGUGAGCAUGCGCCAUGCCUUUGUGCCUUUCCCAGGUGGCUUGAUACUGGCUGCCGACUACUCCCAGCUUGAACUGAGGAUCCUGGCUCACUUAUCUCGUGACUGCCGUCUCAUUCAAGUCUUAAAUACGGGGGCGGAUGUGUUCAGGAGCAUUGCUGCUGAGUGGAAGAUGGUUGAGCCUGAUGCUGUUGGUGACGAUCUGAGGCAACAAGCAAAGCAGAUUUGCUAUGGAAUUAUAUAUGGGAUGGGAGCUAAGUCUUUAGGAGAGCAGAUGGGCAUUAAAGAAAACGAUGCUGCUUGCUAUAUUGACUCUUUCAAGUCCAGAUAUAAAGGGAUUAAUCAUUUCAUGAGGGACACAGUGAAGAACUGUAGAAGAAAUGGAUUUGUUGAGACAAUUUUGGGAAGACGUAGAUAUUUGCCAGGAAUCAAAGAUGACAAUCCUUAUCAUAAAGCACACGCUGAACGUCAGGCCAUUAAUACAACAGUCCAAGGAUCAGCUGCUGAUAUAGUCAAAAUAGCCACAGUUAACAUUCAGAAGCAAUUAGAGACCUUCCAUUCAACCUUCAAAUCCCAUGGUCAUCGGGAAAGUAUGCUCCAGAAUGACCGAACAGGAUUGUUGCCAAAGAGAAAACUUAAAGGGAUGUUUUGUCCUAUGAGAGGAGGAUUCUUCAUCCUUCAACUUCAUGACGAGCUUUUAUAUGAAGUGGCAGAAGAGGAUGUUGUUCAGGUAGCUCAGAUUGUCAAGAAUGAAAUGGAAUGUGCUAUAAAACUUUCUGUGAAGCUGAAAGUGAAAGUGAAAAUAGGUGCCAGCUGGGGAGAGCUGAAGGACUUUGAUGUAUGAUGGUGCAGUUAACCAGGACCCCAGAGCAGCCUGGUACAGAUAGUCACUUAGAAAGCAUAGAGUCUACCCUUUCACCUGCUCUCAAGUAUGAUGCACUUAAAUGAACAGGUCUCUAUUGGGUUUUCUGAUGUAUA